UCGCGGUCACACUGGCUGUCAUUUUCCGGUCGUUUGUCGCGCGAGUUUGGCGAGUGUGUGAAAAAAAGGUUUUCGUUUAAAAUAAUCUAAAAUUGUGCUGAAUCUAAGAGUUUAAUUGGCAAGAAAUUAACUACACACCACCGACAACAUGGCCGAUAAAAUUGUAGACAGUGAGAUGAACGGCGAAGACUUCACCAAGGAUGUAACCACCAACGACGUGAGCUCCGAAAAUGGUGAUGCGGCGGGAGCUGCCGGUUCCACCAACGGCUCAGAACACACAUCCGCUGUCUCUAACCAGCGGGAUGACGACAGGAAACUGUUUGUGGGCGGCCUCAGCUGGGAGACGACCGAGAAGGAACUGAGGGACCAUUUCGGCAAAUUUGGCGAAAUCGAGAGCAUCAACGUAAAGACAGACCCACAGACCGGACGCUCGAGGGGAUUCGCCUUCAUUGUAUUCACAAACACUGAGGCCAUCGAUAAGGUGAGCUCUGCCGGCGAGCAUAUAAUUAACAGCAAGAAGGUCGACCCCAAGAAGGCCAAGGCCCGCCACGGCAAGAUCUUUGUCGGCGGCCUGACCACAGAAAUCAGCGAUGAGGAAAUCAAAACCUACUUCAGCCAGUUCGGCAACAUUGUCGAGGUUGAGAUGCCCUUCGACAAGCAAAAAUCGCAGCGCAAAGGCUUCUGCUUCAUCACCUUCGAUUCGGAGCAGGUGGUCACAGACCUGCUGAAGACGCCCAAACAGAAGAUCUCUGGCAAGGAGGUCGACGUGAAGCGUGCCACGCCGAAGCCCGAGAACCAAAUGAUGGGAAUGCGCGGUGGUGCACGCGGUGGAAUGCGCGGUGGUCGCGGUGGCUACGGACGCGGUGCCUACAACAACCAGUGGGACGGCCAGAGCUCGUACUCUGGCUACGGCGGUUAUGGCGGCUACGGUGCUGCCGGCGGCUACGGCGACUACUAUGCCGGUGGCUAUUAUAAUGGAUAUGACUACGGUUAUGACUAUGGCUACGGCGGCGGCUUCGACGGUAAUGGCUACGGCGGCGGCGGUGGUGGCAGCUUGGGCGGUCGCGGUGCCGGCGGCCCACGCGGCGGUGGCGGUGGCGGCGGCGGUGGCGGCCCCAAAGGCGGCGGCGGUGGUGGCGGAGGCGGCAGCUUCAACGGGGGCAAGCAGCGCGGCUCGGGACGCCAGCCCAGGCACCAGCCCUACUAAGAACCGGUCACUGGGCACUCACACUCUCCAGAUAACUACAAACUAUUUGAAUUUUACCUAGUUUAGUUUGUUAUGCAUUACUACAACCACAACACACCAACCCACUUCUGAGUAAACGCAUAUAUACGCACCUGUAUAUAUGGAUAUACAUUUGAAAGGGGACUGCACGGAGGCAGAUCCCCACUCUUAUUGCAUUAGACGAACUGGCAGACUGGUAGCAGCAGCAGAAGCAGCAGUAGCGGCAGCAGCAGCUACAACCAACAAGCUACAUCCUUACACACAUGAUGUGUAGCACCAUUCCAACAACAAUUAAAUCUACAACCACAACAACACCAGCCGCAACAGGAGCGUCAUUAAUACAUCCCCACCACAAAUACGAGUACAUAAAUACGUACAUACAUACAUACAUACAUAGAUAGUUAGGCCUAGAGACAUGUAAUAUUUUCUCAGCAAGUGGCUAAUUUUUCAUAGCCACACGCUCAUUAAGCCGGCAGACCAACCAAGCCCCCCACACCCACCCAAAAGCAACAGCGAAAGCAAGAGCUAUCCCUCAAGCCCAAAAGCCUCCCACAAGAAACAGUCGGAACACGUUACUGGAGCCGUGGUGGCCCCCCCCACAAGGUCUGUGCGUCGAAAGAAAUUCGUUUUUCUAAUGUAGUCUCAUGUAUUAUGCGGGGUAAUUGUUUAAAGUGCAGCAGCGACACGAGACAGCUACACGAGGAAAUUGUUCAACACAUUUUGCAACAAAAUACAAUACUGUAGAGAUAAGUAUUUGUUUAACUCUAAUUACUGAUAACUGUAACAUGUAAUAUUGUAGUAACUAUAAACACGAGAAAAAGCAACACAA